UUUCACAAACAUUGUUAUUCCAAAUAAACAUUGUUUUAUGUGAACCCAAUCAGCGAUGAGAAGGAGAAUUACAAGCAUUUUCCCUAAGCACUACUCUGUCAAUCCAGAACUUGGAAAGUCUUUAGACAAGCAGACUCUUAAAAAUGUGAAACUGUAUCUGGUGAAACUGUUCAUAUUUGUUGUCUCUCAAUCAUUGUUUACAGUUUGUGUGACUGUUUUGCUUAAUAUAAAAGAUGACAUAAAAGAAGCACUUUUCAACUUUGCUUUAAGCCUUUAUUCUCUUGCGAUUUCUGUGCCAAUAAUAUUACUGAGCAGUGGAAUUAUUUUAUCAAGGAAAAUGAGGAACUGUUGCCCCCUGAACAUAAUAAUGCAUUUAUCAUUGGUGGUUUUAUCGUCAAUAAGAACAGCGUCACUUACGACCAGGCACGAUCUUAUUGUCACCCUGUUCGCUUUCCUGCUAGUCUUUAUCACCUUGAUACUUUUAUACAUUACUUCAAAAAUCAUACAAUGUCCCAUACUAUUCCAUGCUAUACUAUUUUUAAUUGUCUACUCUGUGCUUGUUGUAUACGCAAUGGUAUACUCGAUAAUAGGUCUUUUUUUCCACGCUCCAAUUUUAUUUAUUAUACUCUUAUUAUUCCUGGCAAUCGCUUGCUCAAUCAGCACUAUAUUCAUUUUUCAAUUUAUGCACGAAGUCUAUUAUCUAGUGAGCGAAGAGGUAGAGACGUGGCCCGACACCCCUCUCGGUUCGAUCGUAUUCACCGCGACUGUUAUCUACAUCAUGAGCCUUCAGAUAUUUUAUUCAUAUUUUUUCAUCCUUGGUAUGAUCAUGGAAUUCUGAACGGAUGAAAGGGGGAAAAAAAAAGAUGGAUUUGCAAUUGUUCAAUCUCUUAGCGGAUCGAUUAUCACGAUAAUUGUGACGCCAGCAUCAAGUAUUAUUUGAGGGAUUUUAUUAACUUUCUCGGCAUCUUCCACCCCUUGAAAAGAAGCCUCAUCAUCGUUCAGACUGAUAAUUGAAACAGCCGCC